AUGCGCCCCUUCGAGUCUGGGGCACAGCUACCCCCGAACGACGACGAUCACUAUCAGUUUAACUUUGCCUCCCCAGUCACUGCAAAUCUGUAUGGAUUAGACGUACGGAUGCCUGUACCCGUGCGGCCAUGGCGUGGUUUCGCGCCACCUUCCGAGUCCAAUGCGUCUGCCAGUGGCUCUGGCUUCCAGCCGCAACAGUCGUUUGUCAACUCCAACAAUAUUCAGCAUGGCAUUCCCUCACAGUUACCGUCUACCAGCAGCUCUAGCUUCCAGCUACAGCAGUCGCUCGUCGACGCCAACAAUCGCCAGCACGACAUCCCCCCACAGCUACCGUCUUCCAACGUCUCUAGCUUCCAGCCGCAGCAGUCUCUCAUCGACAUCAACAAUCCCCACCAUUAUAUUUAUCCACAACUACAAUCUAACUAUGGCCCAGAGGCGCCCGGUUAUUUGGUACCGCCCGCGUAUCAUCCGAUCCUCAACGAGAGGCAGCCUCUCGGCUCCUUCUUUCCGGACUUCAGCCAGCCAGUUCCGUCUAUGGGCAAUGAUACACUGUUACCAGUCGGUACCGAAUAUCGUGACGAACCACGUCGAGAGCGUAUAUUUGGAGUUGAGGGUACUCCGGGCCAAAUGUUCAGUAGGAAGCGCAAGGGCCGCAACGACAAACCGGAUACAGAGUACAUUAAUCAGCUGCCACAGAAGAGGAUUAGACUCAGGAGAUCGAUAGCAAACGCACCGACCAUGGUCUUAGCAGAUGCUGAGCAAUUCGUGGUUCCCUCCUGGCCCCAGCUUGUCGCUUCACCGCCUCUGUUUGCACCCCCGGAAGCGGGGCCAUCCACGGUUCCCUCCCAGUCUGUUGUUUCGCAUCUUCCUUCUGCACCCCCGGAAGCGGGGCCAUCCACGGUUCCCUCCCAGUCGGUUAUUUCGCAUCUUCCUUCUGCACCACUGGAAUCGAUACCCUUCACAGUUCCCUCCCAGUCCGUCGUUUCACACCAUCUGUCUGCACCCCUCGAUUCACAGCCAUUCACGGUUCCUUCCCAAUCCUUCGUUUCACAACCUCCGUCUGCACCCUUUGAUUCACAGCCACUCACGGUCCCUUCCCAGUCCAUCGUCUCACACCCUCCGUCUGCACCUCUCGAUUCGCAGUCAUUCACAGUUCCCUCCCAGCCCGUCGCUGCUCCGGCUGUAUCUUUCCCCGAUAUCUCAGAGCUACCAUACAACCUAGCGAACUUGGUACACCAGAAAAUUGUCUCGUCCGCCACGAAAGCUAUCAAGGCACAUUUGAUUAAUACACAUUCCCUAUCAACCCAUUUGGAAAGAAGGCAUUGGGUUGAAACGAGAUUGGAGGAGUCAGCUACAAAACAAUAUCAUCAUCCAGAGUUCGGACGUAAUUGGGCUGUCCGCAAUUCGGCGACGUUGUAUAUGGCUCUCUCUGAUCCCUGCAAAAGUCUUAUGCAAACGUGCAAAAGGAUCGCACGCUCCAAGGUGAUAUUGUACCAUCUACAUCCUGGAGUAUGGUCGAUGGCCAACGAACGCCAGUUUCGGACAAACAGGAUCCGGGAACUUCUCAGCAAAGGGAUGUUCCCACCGAGAUUUACCUUCGGUGAGGAUGAGUUCAGCAACUUACACUUCCUCCAAAACGAGGUGGUGUGGCAUGUCCUCCUGGACACUGUUGCGGAACUCAAAAUCCGCCGCCACAUUGUCAAUCUGGACAGUCUAUUUUGCUUGGCUGCUGCCGCUGUCAGCUGCGCCUUGAACGAGCUCGAGAAUGAUCAAUUUGCUCAUAUUGAAUUUAUGGCCGAGGGUUAUCAAGAGUUCUACAAUAGACUACUUAACUAUCUUCAAAGGAUGUCUAACGACCCAGUGUUUUUAGCCCGUUGGGAAGCGUUCAAAAAACGCACUUCGGCAAGACUCGCACAGCUAUCCUAUACUCUGUCCAAAUUCCCCACCACUACCAUCGGUUCCUUCCCUCAGACCAAAGAGAUUCGUACUGCCCGUGCCAAGCUUGGCAAGGUCUUUUACAAUGGUUCCGGCGCGAGCGAGAACAGUUUGGCCUUCUUCAGGUGUUGGGUUAUUGGUGGAAUCUGGUUGGCCUUGACCUCCUCGUCCACGGCGAGCCUGAACGUAACGACAUGGUUCAAUACUUCGUUAUGUCCAUCCCCCAUCAUCGUGUUCGACGUUAGCCGUCCCACGCCGAUGAUCGUCAAGUGGAGCAGUUACGCGCAGAGCGUCUCCAGCAAGCCCAUGAAGGGUACGCUUUCUGGCGCUGUCACCAUCUUGACCUGGUCCUUCCCUCAUGACGAUGUUUCACGUAAGCUGCAGUCGCAGCAGCUUGCUCUUGCGCUUCGUGAUGAGGUCCUUGAUCUCGAAAAGGCUGGCAUCAGUGUCAUCCAGGUCGACGAGCCUGCCAUUCGUGAGGGUCUUCCUCUUCGUCGUUCUGACUGGUACUUGCAAUGGGCUGUGCACACCUUCAAGCUCUCUACCGCUGGUGUGAGCGAUGCCAUUCAGACCCACUCUCACUUCUACUAUUCUGACUUCGGUGACAUCUUCCCCUCCAUCCAGCAUCUCAAUGCCAAUGUCAUCUCUAUUGAAUUGGUCCUGGUGUCUACGACAUCCACUCGCCUCGUAUCCCCAGCGAGGCAGAGAUCAUUUGAGCGUCUCAAGACCACCCUGGCCAUCAUUCCUGAUCACCUCAUGUCCAUCAACCCUCGCCCACAUAAGUGGUUAAAUUAUCAUGGCCCUUUUAUCGGCAAACUGGCCUACACUUGA